UAGUUUGGUUUAUUAGAUAUUUGUACAGCUCGGUGCCAUGAAGUCAGUGAUAGUGGUUUCUGUCGCGGUUGUAUUCUAUCUGAGCAUUGGAUCAUCCCUUGCCCAGAUAAUUUCCAUCGGUCAAUGUAGUUCGCCAGCGGUUGUUCAGGACUUCGACGUUGAAGCCUACCUGGGGCUGUGGUACGAAGUUUCACGUUAUGAACAAACUUUCCAACGCAAUGGCGAGUGCGUCACCGCAGAAUACUCGCUGAACGACGAUGGUUCGGUUCGAGUUCAGAAUAGGAUGUUGGUGCCGCCCAGUGGCCAAUUUGACGAGGACAUCGGACGUGCUGUGCUUUCUUUUCCACAGGAAGAUCCACUGCAAGCCAAGUUGAACGUUAGCUUUGGAGGAAUGCCUCCAAUCAAGUCGAACUACUGGGUGCUGGACACCGACUACACCAGUUUUGCCUUCGUCUGGAGUUGCUUCCCCGUCAGCGAUAACAUCAAAGGAGAAAGUUAUUGGCUUCUGUCGAGGACUGUCGAGCUUCCGACGAGCGUCCAGGCGCGCGUUGAUGAACUGACCGAUGCCUAUUUGAUCAGGCGACACAUCAGACAAACUCGACAUGAUCUGUUUUACUGUAACGCCCCGGAGGAGACACCGGAAGUAGCAGAAAGCCCCAAAUCGCAAGCCAAAGCCGAAGAUUUGCGAAGCAAACGGAUUAUUCUUUAAGCAUUGUUUCAGUUUCUAUGUGAAUCAAUAAAAGUUUCAGGAUCAAUGAAAGUGGAAAA